GCAGUGGCCGGCCAGGCGCACACUCCUCCUUCAUCUUCUUCCCUUAUUUACACUAUCCCAGUGGACUUACCCUUGUCAGGAGACACCACACCCGACACUGUAGUCUUUCGUGAUGCUUCAUGUCAAUGUGCAACAGCAAAUAAUCCGGUGAAGCGUAAGAAGAACGUGAAAUAAGAACGAGCUUUAGAGUCGGGGAGCUGUAACAGCUGCUACCACAAUCUGCAGAAGAUGUGGUAACUACAUGAGCAGUGCGUAAUGGAAUGGUUAGCUAAGAAAGUAGUCGCUGCUUUGGUUAAUCGAUUCUUUGGUCAGUAUCUAGAGGAUAUAAAUACACAAGAGGUAAAUGAUGCCCUUCUCUCAGGUCAGAUCAACCUCACAAACCUCAAGAUCAGAAGAGAUGCUCUGUGUUUUCUUGACGUUUAUUAUGGAAGUCCGCUCCCCAUAGAAGUGAAAAAGGGUGUAAUUGGCAGGAUAUCACUCACUAUUCCGUACAGUAGUUUCUUCACACAACCAGUGGUGAUCAAUAUUGAAGAUGUGUUCAUACUGGUAACACCAGUGCUAGAGUAUGAUGCAGAACGGGAGAGAGACCUGGACCGUGCCAGGAAGCGGCAGACUCUGGCAUACUUGUUUCCCGAUCCAUUGCCCAUUGAUGACAUACAAGAUUCUACAAGUCUCUGGGGUUUACUAUAUAACAGAAUAUGGAACAACCUAGAGCUGCACAUCAACAAUGUUCAUAUUCGGUAUGAAGACACUUAUUCGUGUCCCGGGCCACUCAUCAUUGGAGUUUGCUUACAAUCUCUAUCAGCAGACACAACAAACCAUAAGUGGAAAAAGGCCCAAGUUGAUGGAAAUGCAGCAACAGUCAACAAGGUUGUAGAUUUUGUAUCUGCCUCGGUGUACAUUAAUCCUGGAGGUGAACAUCAGCGUCUAGUUAAACCUCACAUCAGUUCUGAACUAUGGCAUCAAUAUCUACAAGAGGGGCUUAAGACCUUUUCCAUUAAUGAUGAGCCCUUUCAGUUUGUUCUUCAGCCUGUACGAUGUAAGGUAAAGAUGAGACAGCAGAUGAAGAGAGAAGCCAGAGUUCCUGGGCUUCUGGUAGAUGCUGUAAUCAAGGAUGCUGCUCUUGCACUCUCACAUCGUCAGUAUGUUGCUCUCACAGAGUUAGCUGAAGUCUUCACCUUUGUUAAUACCAACAGGCGCUUUUUGAAGUAUCGACCUGCAGUGCCCUUAAAGCGUCAUGCAGAGGAGUGGUGGCAAUAUGCAACUAAUGCCAUAAUUCAAGAACAGAUUAGACCUUUCUCAUGGGAGAACAUUAAGAAGCACAGGUCUAUAUAUAAGGAGUAUACAAGUCUGUAUAUGAAGCAUCUUCUGGAAGGAUACACCAGUGAACUGGAAGCUGAUUUAAUGAAGUUAGAAGACACAUUAAAUCUCACCAACAUUGUGCUGGCUCGCAUGCAUGCCAAAAUAAAGAUUUCUCAGGAUGAGCCAAGUCUGGUGCAUCCAGUGGAGCCAUCUGGUGCAGGCUGGUUCUCCUGGCUGUGGGGGAGUGAUGGUGUUAGUGUCGAGGAUGAAGAUGAUGCUGUAGACAUUGUGGGGUCUCGUAGAAAGAAUGGACCAUUUACUUCUCUGACAGAAGAUGAGAGGAGGCAGCUUCGCACAGCUCUUAUGCAGAUGGAUGGACCUGGGGAUGAUGUGCAUCGAGAUGAUAUUGAUCACAAGGCAUAUUUGUCCUUGCAAAAUGUGAACCUGACCCUCAGGAACGACGUGCACGAUGUUGCCCUGGCUUCCCUCUCGGGAUUUGUCAUGAGCGCAGAAAAUCGCUUUGGUGUCAAGUACCAGAAAUUAUCCGUGAAGGCAGAAUCUUUUAACUUAGAAGCUUCAAAUGUUGAGCAAGAGUUGGUUUAUGUUAUGAAGUUAGUGGAUGGCACUCCAUCUGCAGGUUAUGGGAUUGCCUUUUCAGUCGACCUGGAACGUAACCCCCUGAACGUGGCUUCAGAUUAUGCUGUGACAAUGAAGCUGGAUCCUCUGGAACUUCUUUACAAUCAGCAUGCUUGUGCCGAGAUGGUCUGCUUCUUCAGAGUGCCUAAUACGGAGUACCGACGCUUCGAAGACCUGGCUAAGGAUACACUCAGUGAAGUCGUCAACACAGGAAGGGCUGCCAUGGACUAUGCCAUUGCUAGACACAAGACAGUCAAUUUAGACAUUGAUAUUAAGAGUCCUUACAUUGUUUUACCAGAAUAUGGCUCGAUUCAGAAAGGUGGAAAUGUGUUGGUUUUAGAUAUUGGUGGCUUGAAAGUUAAUAGUGAAAUUGGUGGGCAAACGGUAGACUUGGAAGAUGCAACGAGAAUGGAGUUGGAGGAACGACUCUAUGACCGUCUAACAAUUACGGUAAUGCAGCUGCAAGUUUUGUUUGCAGAUUCUGGGGAUGAGUGGAGAGUCCAUAGAACAAGAGAUGAUUCAGAUUCUCACUUACUCCCCAGAGUAAGAGUGAAGAUUGAUCUUGCGAACAGUAUUCAUCCGGAAUAUCGGCAGCAGCCAAAGCAGAAAGUUGAUAUUCAUAUAACUCCUCUUAAACUUAAUCUUUCAGAUAACAAAUUAAGUCACUUGGUGGAAUUUGCACACCACUUACCAGUGAUACAAACAGACAUGAUUGUUUCAGAUUCUGUUGAUAGUUGUGUAUCAAAGAGACAUCAGUUGGACCCUUACUAUUGCUUAUUAGAUCCAAAUGUUUCAGAAUUAACAUACAUUAGAAACAACCUCUCAAACAAGCUCCAAAAGAAAAAACUUGUUGCAGACUCUGUGGAUACUCAUUCAACUCCACCUUUGCUCAGGCACGUUCGGCCACUCUCACAGAGUGACACUAUAUCACAGACAAGCCUGGAACUUGAAAGAUAUUUCUCCACAUCUGAUAACAGUGAUGACGAAGGGGAAUCAUGGGGCAAGCCAGUUGAUUUACCAGGGUUUGAAGAUAACACUUCUCCUAAAAACAUGAUCACUGUCUUAUCUCGGUUUUGUAUCGAUGAAAUUGUAAUUGGCAUAUCUAGAUCAAGUGAACAUGGAGAUAGACCCUAUUUGAUGAUCAGAGCAACUCAUUUAGUAGUAGAAUCAGCAAUGAUGGAUUAUGGUCCUGCUGUACAAAUAACACUUAGUUCGCUGCAUCUUGUUGACAAGUAUCAUCACAGCCCAACAGGUGAAUAUUUAGAGUUAGUGUCAUCACCACAAGUGGGCAAUACAUGCAUUGCUACUCUACUCUACCGCAAAGUUCGUGCGAAUUGCCCAGACUUUAAAACGCAUUUUCAUUCCUGUGAACAAAGUUUGGUCUUGGAUUUUGCAACCCUUAAUGUUGUUUGGCAUCGAGGAUCUAUCAUAACUCUAACAAAUUUUCUCACAUUGCUUGCAGCAAAACUGGGGCACAUAGAGCAACAUAUUCCCAAAAUCAGUAUUCCAAAUAGCUUUAUAGUAUGGUUAAAGUCUGGUCCUGAAGAUCCACCAGUUCCUACAGGAGCAUCCAAGUGGUCCUUUGCCUCACACCUUCACACACUUAAUCUCAAACUCUGUGAUAAUGAAGUGGACUUCCUACAAGCCAAGGUUGGGGGUUUCCAGGGAGAAUGCGUUUUUAAAGCUAACGAAAAGAAAAUCUUCCGUGCAUCACUAUCUGAAUUGUCCGUCGAUGAUGUAUCUGAUAUAACUCUUCACUCACGAAUUAUUGAUAUUGAAGAAGACAGAGUGUUUGAUGUGAAGCUUGUUCAUUUUAGCCCCACGCACAAAGGUGUAGAUGAAAUAGACACUUCUCCCCAAGCAGUUGAUCCAGAUGCUUCCCUGAGGAUCAGAAUUGGUAGAAUACAGUGUAUAUUCCUCUGUAAGUUCUUUGCUGAUCUUCAGCGAUUUAUGGAACCUCUUCUAAACAGAGAAGGCACACAGGUUGCUCUCAAGCAAGCUGAGAAAGUAGCAGAAGCAGGUAUUGAAGGAUUUGUCUCUGGAAGAAAAUUAAGUUUAAGCAUUGAUAUUCAUGCUCCUACUGUUCUUGUCCCACAGAAAUCUGAUUCUCCUAGUUUAUUGGUAUUUAGCCUUGGUUAUUUAAAGAUAGAUAAUCUGUUUAAAGUGGCACAUACAGGUGGAGGAGGAGUCAUUGAAAAUAUUUUAUUAGAAUUGGGACCCAUGCAUGUUUGCCGAGCUGUGAUGACUCUUGGGGGCGGAUUAGAGAUGCAGGAGGAUAUACUGGAGCCUGCCACUCUUAGAGCAGAUAUCAAACGCUCACUCAUACCUCAGUGCCGAGAUCUUCUCUCAUGGGAUAUUAGUGUUCACAUGGGGGUUCUCUGUAUUAACUUAGGACAACGAGAUCUCAACACCAUAUUGGCUGUUAUGUCUCAAAACAGAGCAGAAGCCCAGUUCUCAGACACAAGUAUCCAUUCUCAACCAUUAUCACCAGUUGAACUCGGGACACCUCUUGCUGGCAGUGAUGACAAUAUGGGUAAACUACAAGCUUUCUUAACACACUCAAUAGACAUAUACCGUAUUGCAGAUGCUCUUGUUUCUUUAGAUGGACUAACUCUUACACUUUAUACUGAUAUGGAUGAAGUACUGAGUUCACCAGUUCGUGAUGCAGCAACUGCAUUAUGUCGCUUAGAAGUUGGAGAAAUUGAAGUACACGGUGAUAUGAAUAAUGAUCGAAGUAUGGAUAUGAGACUCACUUUGCAGUCCUGUGAUUUGUUCGAUGUAAGGCCUGACAAUGAUUACCAUGUAGUUAAAAAAAUAUUUGGGCACUAUAAUAAUGAAAUGCAGAUGGCUUCUGGAAGAUUUAGCGUAAGUGUCCCUCCAAUGAUGGAUCUCAUGUACAAAGUUAGUCCAAGUGGAGAUGCGGCAGUAGAAAUAAGCAUUGAAAGAACUAGAUUGAAUAUGUCUGUUGGCUUUGCAUUAGCCCUCUACAAAUAUAUUAAUGAUGCAAUUCCUAAUACAGGAAGCAUAAGUGGAGGGAUUUUAAAUCCAGGCUUUGUGGGUGACUUGGGUACAACUGUUGAUGGUGUAAGAGUCAUUCGACGUCCUCCCAGUUCUGUAGAUAGUACUAGUGGCUACCUCUCAACUGUAACUAGUAACACGGAUGAGCAAAAAACAAUUUCCAUUUCUUUGAAGGUAAAACAUCCAGAAAUAGUGUUAUUUGCUGACCCUGAAGAAAGGAGUAGUAGAGUACUGGUCGUGAGAUGUGAAAUUCAUAUUGAUUAUUCUCGACACCCUGGCAACGAGAGCUUUCACAUAACUUUAGACGGGUCUCAGGUAUUUGCCACUACAUAUACUCAUGCUGGCCAGAGUCCAUAUUCUAUCAUGGAGCCAUCUGAUAUUGAAGGCUCUUGGAUAUUCCGUAGUGUUGAGGAAGGCGUCAAAGCAGAGUUAAAAGUUUCUCACAUAAAUCUUCACCUGAAUCCUCCUGUAGUUCACCUCCUGAUGGAUGUGGUGGAAGAACUUACCACAAGUCUUAGUCCACAGUUUGUACCCAUAAGGCUUCACCUCCCAUCGGCUGACUUAGAAGACUUGUGGUCUCCUAAACAACUUGUUGCAACAAUUUCUCCAAUAAAUCCAGAGGAAGAAGUGUACAUUAAGCCUGAGUACCCAUCAAGUAAGCCACAGCAACACUUGACUAUAAGAGUUCCAGCAGUUACAAUGUCACUUGAAAAGCAAGCAAUGAAAACAGCAGUACCUGUACUUUUACUGAAGGGAUCUGCAAGUGCAGAGGUUAAUGACUGGUCCAAGCUGAUGUACACCAAAGCAGAAAUUCAGUUACAAUUAUCUUGUUACAAUGAAGAAUUUUCCGCAUGGGAGCCUAUUAUUGAACCUGUAAGUGAAUCAAAUAAAGUAAUGAGACCUUGGGAGGCUGUGGUGUGCACAUUACAGAAUCAAGCUCAACCCAUUGGUAUUAAGCGUAGCCAACCAGGACGCCACUAUGAUUCUAUCGAUAGUAAUUCCACAGCCAAUAGAAAUAGUUACAUUAGUUGCCCAAUAGAAGAGUCAGAUUCUUCCACUGAUGAGGAAUAUCAGGACAAUGAAAUGGUGGUACUUAGGCCUCAUGCAUCAUCCAAAGUAAAACGAGUCAACACAAAACGUUCAACAACUGACUUAGGAAAUCUUUCAGGUUAUCCAUUGGAUUCAGACUCGGAAACUGAGGACGGUGUGCUCCACAAGAUCUCCAAUGCCUUCAUACACAUGUUUUCAAGUGACUCAGAGGGAUCAGAAGAAGGUAGCAGCGAUGAAAUACUUGAAGAUGGAAAAGAGACCUCCGAAGAAAUUCAAGAUGAGGGUUCAGAACGGUCAACUAGUGAAGGUCAUGAUACUCCUGAAGAUGGAGAGGCUGCUGUGUUCUCUCCUCCUAAGCUCAUUCCAGAUGCUAUUGAUGGCAUAGACCCAGAGCUGGAAGGUGACACUGGAGAACUAGCCACAUGCAUCUUUGUUGACUCUAGGGAUCACCUGGAAGUCACUCUCACACCACAUAUAAUGAGAGCUAUUUACAACUUGGUGUCCGAAUACCUGGACAAACCUAUGGAGCCACAACCCAUUGUGUCUUCUCUGCGUAACACUGUACAAGACAUAAUCCUCAACAAUGAAAUUGGACCCAAUUCGAAAGUCACAGUAUUGGCCCAGGAGGAGAUUGAUGGUGUUACCAAGUUUGACGUUGUGGCUUCAGCCAAGUAUCAAGAGCCUGACUCUUUGCCUUCUAGUCCCGCAUCAGGCAAGAGUCGAAGCCGGGGAGAGUCUGCUUCCGAGGAUGAUUCUUGUGCUGAAAGGCACCCAGGUUAUCUGAAGGAGUCUGGUCGCAGUAAACUUCCCAACUCUGCCUCAGUAUCAUCUUUUGGCUCCAGGAAAGGAGGCAGCACGUGGUCGCUGAUUGGUGACUGGGACCACCUAAGUUUGAAAUCAUGUGCUGGGGUUUCAACCUGGAACCUCUUUUCUGAUAUACCCCUGCUGGAGCCUCAGUUUGACCAGUUCUGCCCCAACCCUGUUACUCUUUAUCAAGAUAUCACAAAAUAUCAAUUGAAAAUUAGUGUUCCUGGAUUUGAUGAACUCACAGUCUUUGUUGGUACAAGAUCACGAAGCCGCAUCUUCCAGUUAAGUCCACCACGAAAUGACCGGAGAUAUCACAUUAUUGUUACCGUUCAGGUGGACCACCUCACCACCAAAGUUACAGUUCGAAGUCCACUGCAGAUUUUGAAUGAUAUGCCUCUACCUCUCAACAUUUGCUUCAAGAAGAGUAUUAUAGAGAUGCUUAGUUCAUCAAUGGGAGAGCUGCACACUAGAGUGGUGUCACCUGUCAACCCCUUUGAGGCUCAUGUUCCCAUGGUCACCCUGCAGCCAGACCAAGUUUUCACAGUACCUCUUACUGUUGCUUAUCACUCCCCUCUACAUAUCCAACCUGCUGCUGCAGACUAUGGCAUUAGUGAAAUCGGAGUGUGGUGGAAGGAUGUGCUUUCAUCUACUUGUUCUUAUCUACUCACCUGUAAACCCAAGUCAGAGCACGACCCUGACAUUGCUGCAGCUGUGACAAUUCAAGAAAGCAUGAAAUUAAGUAGCCUUCAGUGGGAAGGACUGAGUGGAGUUCUUCCAAAUUACACACUGCGACUGUCACCACCUCUUACCAUAUACAAUCAUCUUCCAUGCACUCUGGUUGUGACACAUCCAGUACUUGCUCAGCCUCUCACUCUUGAUCCUGGGGCUCUAACCUCUCUCUAUAAAGUCAAUCUGCAGGAGAAGCUGUGCCUAGAAGUUCAGGUGUGUAAUUAUUUAGGCAGUGAUUGGAAUGGUACUCUUGAAAUAGGAGCAGAGAAAGGUGAUCACCAUCGAACACUUUCUCUAAGUCACGGUGAUGGCAAUGCUCGUAAAAAACUUGAUUUGGCACUUUACUGUGUCAGAGAAGGAUCAACUUCUAUUUAUGUAUAUUCUCCUUACUGGAUUGUUAACAAAACUGGACUUCCAUUACACAUUAGAGGAUCAAGAUCAAAGAAUAUAUAUGAUCUGAAUGGGUCUGAAGAUAUAAUCUUAUUUCGGUACAAGAGAAAUUAUCCAUAUAAACUUAAGAUAAGAGUUCUUGAGAGUGAUUGGUCUCGUCGGUGGAGCUGCGAAGCUGUCGGCUCCUGUGGUGUUGUUGUUUGUACUGAUAGUGUACGUGGCAGAAAGUACAGAAUUUUGGCUAAGGUUAAGCAGUCAACCUUAACAGCACAAGCCCCAAUUGAGGGAGUUCAAGGACCAAACCGGGGCAAACUUCACUUAACAAAGAUGGUAACCCUGAUGCCAUACUUCUUAAUACGUAACCUUACUGCCCGACCACUUAAGUUUAUGCAAGAGAAUGACAAAGUGGAGCUCUGGUACGACAUUCAUCCUCAGCAGUGUAUGGCAUUUUGGCCUGACAGUGAAAACAUGCACAUGGUUGUACGUUACCGUGACCAGCAAGUGAGAUCCCAACAUUUUCACUUCAAUUCCAACCACUCGACAGUUGUUCGGAUGGAAAAGGGGAGAGCACUGAAUGUGAGUGUGUCUGGUGUGGGGUCGGAUCACCCAGUGACAAUCACCUUUGACAAAUAUCAAGCAGGUGAUGCACCAGUUAGAGUUGAAAACUGGUGUGACGAUGUGCAUCUUCGUAUUCACCAAAAAGGCUCAAACCAAACACAUCUCUUGGCACCACACCAAUCACAACUGUACACUUGGGAUGACCCAACAUUGCCACAUGAACUCCUCUGGAACAUCUACAACAGAAAAAGUGAAGACCUGCCUGCUAUCAUCAGUAAGGAUGAUCAUGGAAGUAAAUGUGUAACUAUUACAUCGCUCAAACCUGCUAUGGUGAGAACUAAAUCUCAGUCCUGUAUGGGGACUCCCAAGACAAGGCCAAAGAAACUCGGGCAGCGGCAAAGGUCUAAAACUACAGCAUCAACCUCAACAGAUUCAGAUGACGAGACUGACAGUGCUGCUGAUAAAGUACAUAGUCAGUUCUUAAUCCCAGACCACAGGUCCCAGCUGACAAAGACACGAAGAGAUAAAAUGCUAGUGCACUGGGUGAGUUACAAGCAGGGGAGUCAACGAGUAUUACUCUUUACCCAGUCUGAUCGCCUGGCUGCUACCACCCGACUUCCAACCGAGAGAGCCUCUGUUGAACUGUGCCUUGCUAUGGAAAAGAUUGGUUUAUCUCUUGUUAAUGAAGGGCAGCGAGAAGUAGCAUACAUGAGCUUAAUGCCAGGAGCAGCAAAAUGGGAGUUAGAAGUAGAUGGAGUGUGGAAAGUUCCUCCCAGUUUAGAGCUUAUAGCCUGGCUAGAAGAUCAGUAUUUACAUAACAGACAUUCCAAGGUUAACCUUAAAAGCUCACUCCAGAUAAAAAAGAGAACAGUUCAGACAGAGGUAGAUUUAUCAAAGAUGUACAUGACUCGACCCUUCAGUGGAAAGCUGCGGCGAACAAAAAAGCCAGCACUGUGGCUCCACUACAGACAUUCUCAGCAUUACACUUAUGCCUCUGCUCAGCUGCAUCGCAUUCAAGUUGAUAACCAGCUCUUGGAUGCAGUGUUCCCUACAGUCUUCUACCCAUCCAAUGAGAAUGGUACCAUCCAACCUUGUUUAUCAUCAUGUGUGCUCCUUCACCGUGUAGCCGGACAACUUACCACCAUAAAGCACCUUAGUCUAGUAGCCCAAGAAUUUUUCUUAAAGCUAGACAAGGGUUUCCUGCUGUCUGUGUAUGAUGUACUGGAACCCUUACUGCCGAGUCUUCACUCCAGAAGCAUUCACACAGAGUUGAAGAAACUGAAGACACCAAUUACAUUUUCUGCAAUGAAGAAUCUACAUACAACUGAUGAAGGGCCUCAUGUUGAACGUGUGUGUGUUGCUGGGCUGCAGGUUCGCUUCUCUUUCUCACCACGCGGAACUGUCUUGGGCAAUCAUGGUCAGAAUGAUGUUUUGGAGUGGUUCCUGACCUCACUUGGAGCAACACUUACUGAGAUGAAGAACGUCUCGAUCAGAAUUGGACAUUACGAGAGACAAUCAAUACCAUGGGAUAAGUUGGUAGUGGACUUUGUAGACCAUGCCAAGUAUCAACUAGUACAGCAGGUAUAUGUUUUGGUAUUGGGGUUAGAUAUUCUUGGCAACCCAUACCAGAGACUGCGUGACCUCUCACAAGGUGUCAAAGACCUGAUAUACCAGCCAGCAUUGGGAAUCAUUGAUGGACCUGACGAAUUUGCAGAAGGAAUUGCUCGUGGUGCACAGAGUUUAAUGGGGCAUGUAGUGGGAGGUACUGCUGAUAGCCUUAAUCGUAUCUCCUCAGCACUUGGAAACACAAUUGCUUUGCUCUCGUUUGAUCAAGAUUAUAGAAAGAAACGUGAAUACAGGUUAGAAAUGCAAAGCUCAUUUCCACUAACCAUUGUCCGGGCUGGCCAAACAUUCGUUAUGGGUGUCGUACUUGGUGUAUCUGGUGUGAUCGUCAAGCCAAUUGCAGGUGCUCAACAAGAUGGAGUCGAAGGCUUUUUUAAAGGCCUUGGCCGAGGAAUUAUGGGUCUGAUUACCAAGCCAACUCUUGGGGUCAUUGAUUCGGUGGCAAUGGCUUGUGAUGGGAUUAGGCGUGCAGUUGAUCUUGGUUAUGAUGUCAUCCUAAGGUCUCGUGUACCUCGGCACGUGUCUCCAUUCAUAGCGAUGCGUCCAUAUGACAGCCACGAAGCUGCAGGAAUGACACUUUUAGCAUCACUCAGCCAUGGACAUUAUAUGCAAACUGACUGGUAUAUUGCACAUGCCACACUCUCUGAAUCAAACAGACCUGAUAUUAUUCUCAUCUCAGACAAGCACAUCUUCAAGCUAGAACGCUGCAGCUUAUGGGGAGGUUGGGACAUCAGCUGGAAGGUUGCAGUACGUAAUUUGUUGCAUCAGCCAACUCUCAAAGAUAAUUCUAUACUAUUGGUUCUUAGACAGGAUGAAAGCCAUAGCCAGUUGUCAGGCUCUGAGCACGAAAUCAAGAGUAAUGACGUCGAUGUGUUACUAUAUCUAGUACGUUGGAUUGAAGUCUUGACAACAUUACAAAUGGUAGAUCAGCCAUGCCCAACGACUCGGUGAAUACAUCACUUUUUAUAUUUUUUAUAUUUUCUAAAAGUUUUGCUAUAAAUGAGACUGGUAGCAGCAUGACCUCUUUUCCCAAUAGAGAGAAUGUGUAAUUACAUAGAGAAAAAAGCUAUAGUUCAGCUCAAGAGUCAUUCCUCAAAGUAAACUAUUAAUUAAAUAUAUGCCAUGUUAACAAAUCUUUUACAUUCCAUGUUGGGUUUCCUAGUCAUGUAUACCAUAUUUGUUCUCAAAAAUAACAUUGCAGCAUUAUCAUUCAUACAAGAGGAUGGAUUUUAGAAAAAAUAAAUUGUAAGAAUGACUUCAAGGAUUUUUUUUGUCUUCAUGUCAGAUGCUGUAUAAGCAGAAUGUAAUUUAGGAAGUUACUGCCAACUCUUGUAUGCAAUUAAGGAAAUCUUCCCACUUACAUAUGCUACAUAGUUACAGAAUUUAUUGUUGCUCAGAGCAUUUCAUUUAAGAUACUUCAGUAUUCACAUUUCACAUUUUCAGAGUAUUUGUGGUUGUAACAAAAGUUAUAUUCCUUUGUGGAAUAAGUACAGGGAAGCCAUAUUCUAGAUCAACUAUAUUGCAUAAGUACUUAACAUUUUUGUCAGUGAUUAUAAAUGACUUGCAUAUAUUGUAUGGGUUCAUGAACAGGAUGUAGAGGUGUAAUGCAAACAGGUAUGGGUAUAUUGUGUCUAUACCCAUGAUUUUACUAGAUGUACCACUAAGGAGUUGCAGGUUUCCAAGAACUAUUUUGUUACUGGUGGUAAAUAUAGGUUUUUAUUGAAUUAAAAUGCAGUAUAUUCUCAGCCAUAAGUCAAAACUUUUUUCUCAGUUUAAUAGAAAUUGCUCUAACAUAUGCCCCCACUUUUUGGCUAAGAUAUAAAACCACUUGUAUCAGAAAAUUAAAAGCAUGAGGAAUACUUUAGUGCCAGUAGUAACGUAUCAGACUUUUAUGCUGUGCAGUACACUAUACCAAAAUUAUGCUUGACGUAGAGUAUGCUUUUUGUAUUCUAUAGCAUUAUUAUUAUUAUUAUUAUUAUAGAAGUUUAUUUCAUUAAAUAUUGUAUGUAAGAUAGUAUUUAUUAAUCUAGGCAUUGGGAGUAGAGUUGACAGCCCUGCCAUGGGCAUUUUUUUUUCUUUUAGAAUUGUAAAGCAUAUAAAACUAUAUUAGAAAUCAUAAGUUUAUAAAAAAUAAGUAUGCCUUACCUUUCCUUUAAUUUUCACUUAAACAUUUUCUCCUGUCUCAAUCUUGGGCAUUAGGUGGGAUUCUACUACAUACAUGAAAACCUAAAUUACCUCUACACAACAUAUAUAAUAUGUGAAAUAGUACAAUAAUGUUCCAGAAAUCCUAGAAGUUAUCCACAAAAAACAAAUUCCAGUACAUUACGUACAAUCUGCCUCCCUCCUGGCAGCCAAGCACUAUACCCAAUGCCAUCCCUUGCUGGUGACCAAGUUUUCUGUGCAUGAGAGAUUGCAUGUGACUGUAUGUUCAAUAUACAAAAUCUGUACUAGUAAUUUUUAUCACUUUCAGUACCAGUAGACAUAAUUGUAUAACAUGUUACCCAUCAUAAAUGUACAAAUAAGUCAAUAUGCACUACAGUAUAUUCCACAUAUUAGAAGUAAAUAUUUAAACAUGUAUAAUAGUUCCAAGAACAUGCAGAUUCCCACAGCUUGCAUGUCACAUUGAGCAGCAGACACACACAGAUUGCAUUUAUUGAAAUACUGUACUGAACUUUUAUGGGUCAUUCAGUGAAGUGAACAAAGUACCUACCUAGAGGUUGUUCUGCCCAGUCCUUAACCAGGCCUCCCGGUGGAUCAGGGUCUAAUCAACUAGGCUGUUACUACUGUCCACACACAGUCCAAUGUACGAACCACAGUAGAAUGUAUCGACAAGUACUUAUGUUAAAGAGAUGCAAUGUAAGGUUUAUACCAUUUUAUGAAGGAAAUGUCUUGUUCAUUAGGGACUUUAUAUCUUGGCAGAGAUGAGCAAAAUGGAGCAUAUAUGUAGUGGAAAAAACACGAGGUGAAAUAUAGAAUUGGGUGGGUCAUGUCACCUGUUGUCAUGUGACUUGGCUAAGCAAAAAUUAGGAUUGACUAGUAGGCCAACUGCAGUGGUCAAAUUUGCUGAGAAUAAAUUUAGCAAAUGCUUCUGAAACCAGCAGUAAACUCGAUUUUCUUUGCAAUAGUGUUAGUCAUGGCAGGAAGAGCAGAUUCCAAGCCUGGUCUGUUCUGUCUCCUUCCAUUAUAAGUAGUUUGGCACUGGAAAAGUUUAUCAGAUGGUUCUGUGUUGCAGGGAAUAAUAUAAGUGUUGUGUUAUCUUUCUGGCAGGCACCUCUGUUUGCUGACCUUCAUGUUCAGGUCCCUAGAAGUUUCAUCCACAUAAAACUUAUCACAACCUUCACUUGUUGUCAUGUAGAUGCUGGAAGUGGUGUCUUUUGCCAGUUUUAUUUUUCACUAAAUCCUUUAUGGUGAUGAAGGAUAUACAUAGUUAGCUGUGGUUAAGAUUUUGAGGUCAAUGUUUGUGUUGCUCUAAGGUCGAGCUAUUUGCUGUGGUUGGACUUUCAUCUGGCAUUGUCUUUGCUUACUUCCUGCAGUUGGUGGUGAUGUGCUGUGGACAGCAAAGUUUAAGGAAGGCUUUACUAGUGUAGGCUCAUUCUUGAUAAGUAAGACAUGUGCAACAGUUAAGUAUCUUUAUUCCAAAACGUUCGCUUACACAGUAGGCUUCUUCAGUUGAUUACAGAGGAGGCAGCAGCAGAAGCAGUAGAGACGUAAAGAUAAUAUAAUCAGUCCAUCACCCUUGAAGAAGUAGUUCUUCUUUGAAGAAGAUGGGUUUUGAAGAAAUCUUGUGAUCCCUUAGGAAGAAACCAACAAGUGUCCUAUUUUUUGUUCUGUUGUGAUGUGAUAGGUAGUGAAGUAAAUAUAUAUAUAUAUAUAAUUCUUGUUAGCUGGUUUGCAGUAUACCUUAAAAUCAAGUUUAUGUUUGACCUUACAAAUUAUGACAUCCAGAAAACGUACAGUAUAUAUCUGUCUUUUUCCUCUAAUGUGACAAAUUUUAUUAAAGAUUCUACCAAGUUUGUCGUUGAGGAGGUUGAGGUUACCUCUUUGGACAUGUGGACAUUAAACCGAUCCUCCUCCAAGUGUUCCAUGUACAGGUUGGCCAUGACUGCACUCAUUGGUGAGCCCAUGGCCAUGCCAAAUGACUGCUUGUACAUAGAACCCUUGUCCUUUUUUUUUCUUUGGAGGUAGGGAGAAAAGAUAAAGUAUUCCCCCCCCCCCCCACCAGCAAUCCUCUCUGAUUUAUGGUUGAGAAUACCUGUAUGUGGUAAACUAUUGCAGUUUUGAUUUGCUGUAUCCACCAAAGAAUAUAAAUAAAUUUUUCCUUGCCUUCCUAACAUCUUAUGGGCAAUCAGCAGGAAAAUCUGAAUAUGCAGAAAUAUAAGAAAUUUUGCACUGUAAUUGUAAAUAGGUUUUUGCACCAUAUUUCCAGCAGUUAUUGUUAACAUUCAGAGGUCAGUAAUUUUUUUCUGUAAUAUUAUUUUUUUCUCACACAUCUGCUAUACAGUUUUGUGGUUAUAAUUUAUUAUAAUUUCAAUUUUUAUUUUAGUGUACUUAAAAUUCUACAGUGGUAAUAUUUUACUUGCAUUUUUUUCAUAGCUCAUAGUACUGUAAUUAGUCACUGUUAAAUUUAGUAACAUAUAUUAUAAAAGUGAACAUUAUGAAAUGAUAAUUUAUGGUAAGAUUUUGGAUGUCAUUGGACUACACAGCAUUUUGGAUAGUGAAUUCUUAUAUAGCCAUUCGUUAACACUACCCUGGAUUAUUUUUUUAGCUUUUGUCAUUUAACGUCAUCUGUGAAGAACAGAAAUUAGAAAUAAAUCAUUAACUGUCAAAAUUCUUCAUUUCACACUAUUGUAUAUGGAAAAUUGGUUUAUUACAACUUGUCCUAUAUUAGAACAAAAAUUUAAAAAAUUAAAAUUUGUUAUUUGAAAGGUGGAAUGGGAUCUGCAUCAUCUACAUUAGCAAGAAAAUAUGUUUCAAUUAUGACGCUUAUAAUCCAGUUAGGAUAUCACUUUGUGGAAACUGUUAUUCCAUGAUGAGAAGGUGGUAUUUAAGCAUACAGUGGUACCUCGAGUUACGAACUUAAUUCAUUCCAGAAGGCUGUUCAAGUGCUGAUACCAAAUGAAUUUGUUCCCAUAAGGAAUAAUGUAAAUUAGAUUAGUCCGUUUCAGGCCCCCAAAAAUACACUUAGAAAAGCACUUACAAAAAUACACUUACAUAAUUGUUUGAGUUGGGAGCUGUUCGAAACUUGAGGUCUGUCUGUACUUGCCUACUGACAGAUGAAGCAGGACUCCCUAACUCCCUGUGCUGUUGUUUAUGUAUUGUACUUUGAUAUUUUAAGAUAUAUUAUUUAUUAUAUACUUUUAUGAAUGUUGUUUGUUUUUAUAGAAUUUAAUUUUUUACAAUUUCAGUACAGUAUACGUAGUUUCAUAAUUAUUUAAGUUACUAUACAGUUGUAUAUAAAGUACAUAGUAUGUAUGUUGUACGUAUAGUGAUAAAGCAAGUUAUGUAUAUUUUGAAGGGACUGUGGUACUGUAUGUUGUGAUAGGGUGUCUUUCAUGUCUUGUAAUGGAUAUGUACUGAAAAAAAAAGUGUAUUCAUUUGUAAGAUAAAUUUUAUAGGAGCUACAAUAGCUCAAAGUUACUGAAUGUGCCUACCACAUGAUUUAGAUAUAUUUUCAGGGGCACAUAGCUUUACCUGUAUUAUGAAGUUUUGAUAAAUUUGGUUUAUAUGCAUGGAAAAAAAAAGUCAAAUUUGCAAAGUACGUAUAUUUAAAUAACAUGUUGCCACUGUACUUGGGUGUGUGCUUGCUUUUAUUGGACAUGCAAAAUUGCUAUGCUUUAGUGACAUGUCUGUUCUCAAAAUGCUUAAUGACCUUUAUUUAUUUUUUCUGAUAACCAAACAGCUGUUUCUUAAUCACUGCUUGUAUCUUCUUUAUGGUAAAGCCAGGUACAUUUUUGUGCGUGAAAAAUGUAUAUAAAUUAAUCAUAUUUUUAUAACUAUAUUUAUAAGAGGUUCAAUGUAUUUCCUAUCUACUUAUCCAAGUAUUUUUAUAAAUGUACUGGUAUUUAUUUGGUUGAAUUUAUUGCACAAACUUGUGUAUGGAAAAUUCUCAGUAUCUCUACUUGUGUGACAGGAAUAACAUAUUAUGACAGUUUAUAUUGGUAAACGUCACACACACUUGAUAUAACAGUCUAAAUCAUUCCUGAAAAGUAAAAGUUACCAUAUAAUUUACUUUUCUCAAUGAACAACAGAGUAUAAAUUUUAAUAUUAUAUAUACUAUAUUGUUUUCAAGGGUUAGUUAUAGCAUUGAUAUUUACCAUUCUGGAAAUAGUGGCCCGAGUAAUAUUGAUUCUUUUUACUUGAAUAUAGAAUUAUUCUGUAUUUCUGUAAAAAAAAAAAUUAAGCUUUAUAAGUUUACCCUUAACAAUAAAUCUUAAAAUAUCUUAAUUUAUUAUAUUCACAACUACAAAAUACAGGAUGCAGUCAAUAUAACACUUUUGAGACUGA